AUGGAGGCGACGAGCGGUGUAGUUGCGGGUGCAAGGACGGUGAUGGAGCAACAGCAGCAGCAGCCGUUGAUGGAGCAGACCAUGAGGAAGAAGAUGAAAGUGAUGGUGGCGAUCGACGAUAGUGAUUACAGUUUCUACGCACUGAAAUGGGCCAUAGAUAACCUGUUCGGUGCAAUGGGGGUAACACCGGAGGCGAGCCAGGAAGGUGGGAUGCUUACUUUGCUUCAUGCACAGGAGCCUUUCCAUCAACUUGCUUUCCCUGCUGGACCCGGCGGUGCUACAGCAUUCUAUGCAUCGUCUUCUGUCCUUGAUUCUGUAAGAAAAGCUCAAGAAGAAAAUUCGGCAGCAAUACUCGCCCGUGCACUGAAGGUGUGCAGAGAUCAAAAUAUAAAUGCAGAAACUCUUAUAAUGGAAGGAGAACCUAAGGAUGUGAUUUGCGACGCAGUGGAGGAGAUGAAGAUUGAUCUGCUGGUGGUGGGCAGCCGUGGCCUCGGCAAGUUCAAAAGAGCUUUCUUAGGAAGUGUGAGUGACCACUGUGCUCAUCAUGCCAAAUGUCCCAUUCUCAUUGUCAGGCCACCCAAGGGGCUCAAGCCGUAGAACAAUUCAAACUUCCAUCAACACAAUCGGAGACAAGUACGAAUAUACUCGGCAGCGGAGCAGUAAAAAACUUUAUGAUGUAAAUAAAUGUUAUAAUGUAAAGUCUAGUCUACGUUAUGGAUCAAGUCAGCUUCCAUCAUACGAGUAUAAUCGGUAGCUAUGAUGAUAAUACUAAAGCAGCAGGGCAGUAAAAACUUUAUGAUACGAAGUAAAUGUUACGAUGUAAAGUCUAUUUUGCCGUCCGUCGACUCUGGUAUUACUGUUCUUCGUCUGCUUAUUUCUACAUAAAGGAAGGCAGAUCAAGUAAUAAUGUAAAAAAAAGGGUAUAAAACUCAUGU